AUGGUAAGUGGAACGGGUCCAGCACCGAAUCAGGCCGACACUGUAGCAUUCUGGCGCGGCCUGUGGUCAGAGCCCGUAAACCAUAGCGAGGGCCCUUGGACGGAAGUUGUGGCGAGUCAGUGUGCGGGUAUUACGCUCAUGGACCCCGUCAUCAUAACGCCGGAUGACGUAGCUGAGGCGGUCCGUAGGGCCCCGAACUGGAAAAGUCCGGGGCUUGACGGGCUGCAUCACUACUGGCUGAAGGGGUUCAUGGUGUGA